AAGAGGCUGAGGCGAGACUCUGAGCAGGAGGUGGGGCCAGGGCAGAGACCCGGUCUGCUGAGGAAGAGUGUGGCUGGGGCCCCAUAAAAGACCCUGCGGGUCCUCGAGGUUCUUCUACCCAGAAUUUCCUGAGAAGUCCAAGGAGAGAGGACGACAUGAACUGUCUUCAGGACACAGUCCGAGGCCUCACUCCUGCCUGGGAGACGCUUCUACUAACAGGUGCCCUGUUCUUCUCCUGCACCUGCUCAGCCAUCUCCAAGCUGCCCCAAAUGGAAGGAGCUGGCACCCACCUGCCUGUACCCAGAACCCUUGAGGGAGAUCUCAGCACUUCUUUCUUCCGAGAGUUUGAAGCCCAGCCGGCAGCUACAUCCUCUCCUGAGGGCCUCCCAGGACUUCCUCGUACUAGCCAUGAGGUGCUGCACACUGAUGGUAGCUCGGUCAUCAAGGAUGUGUCAGCUCAAAACUCAGACGGCCACGCCGAGGUUCCAGACGCCAUCGGGUCCCAAAGGAAUCUGACAGAACACAUUCAAGUCAAGUACAACCCCAACCUGAUCCCACUGCUGACCUUCCCGAAUUCUGUCAAGGGCAUAAUCUACAGUGACCUUAACUACUCUGUGAUCCUGCGGUUCACGGCGGGCAUGGACCCAGAGCCUGUGCUGACCUGGACCUUUAAUGGGAAGCCAUGCGGAAGUGGGGAGAGGCUGUUUAUCCGGCGACUGUCCCCAAAUCAGCUGGGCACAUACCUGUGCAUAGCCAGGAACGGAGUACAAGAGCUGGUAUCUGAGUCGGUGACUGUCUCAUUGAGCUCUGAAGCCACCGUGGCUCCCACGAAACCAGUUCCCACAUUCGCCUAUCCCAUGAAGCCGGAUGACUACAUGUCACUCUCAGGAGGAUCUGCCAUAGCCCUCGUCGUUAUGGCCACCCUGGGAGGCCUAGCCCUGAUGGGAGCUGUCUGCUUCGGUUUAGUGCUGGGAGUUAAGGAAUGUGCAGCGAAGCCAUGAGCACAUGAAUCUCUACCUAAAGCCAAUCCCAGGACAUAGGUCUCAGGACAGGACAACAUGGCCCUUGUCGAGCUCCUCCUCCUUCCCAUUUGUCUCCAAGAUGUCCCCAGCUAAAUAAAGCCUUUUCUGUCCUCCUGACGGCCACCA